UCUACCUGAGUACAGAAAGGAGGAGCACUGUGUAAAUACAGAUCAUUCAGAGACUGAUAAUCUAUCUGAAACAUCACAUGUCCUAAAUGGAGACUCCAACUUUUCUGUAUGUACAGGUGAAAUCCAGAAUUGGGACCCAUUUGAUUCUACGAAAGAUACAGUUGUUGACUCUUUUCCUGCCUUAGAAAGCUCACCACCUCUCAUCUCCUCUGCAAAUGUUUUGCUUGUGAUCUCAACUGACCCAAAUGCGAAGACAAUCUUACCUGAGUCUGAAUCCCAACCUCAUAUUUCACAUGAAGAAUCUACACCUUUAGUCAUGGGUAACUUGCCUGAGGACACAGGCAACAAAGAGACAAUCAGUAUACCAAAUGUAGCCAUAUUAGACAUACCCAUCUUUGCUGCUGAGGAUGAACGCUCAUUAGCCCCGACUAAGCUUUACAUGUCAGAAAACAUCCUAGAAAAUAAUACAGCUCAGCCAAACUGCCACGAUCUAAAUAAACAGAAGGUAUCUGAAGACCUUUCCUUUGGUGCCAAUAACUGCGAGCAUGCACUAGAACACAAAACUACACCCGAAGAAACUACAAGUGAACACAAAAUAUCUGAUGACUACCAGAAUACACAAACAUCGACAGGCUCCUCUGAUGAUGCAGGACCUGAAGUUCUGUUUGAGCAGGAUGAAGAAAGAGAGGACAAAAAUACCCUUCAAAAUCUGACCUAUUCUUCUGUGAGUCUUCCUGACUCCACCUUCCUCUCAGGUACCGAUUGUCAGGUUGGUAAUGCUGUGGAGCAGGAGGUAGGAGGGGCUACAUCAAGGCUCAGUCAGUCAGCUGAUCUAAGGACAGAGGGGGUAACUGAUCUACCUGGCCAGCAAACACAACUAGACCUUUCUCAGGUAGCAGAUCCAGAGGUAAAUUGCCUCUCACCGCUCAGUAAUGAGUCUACCAGCGGAGUUUUCCAGCUGGAGGAAACAUGCCCACCUCUAAUGGAGGAGGACAUCAUUAACAUUGAUCCCAGCAAUGUGGAAAUGGCUCUGGACUUACAUGUGAACUCAGAUAUCAUCCGGGGUGAAAGUGUUGGUGCCAACGUUGUUCCCACAGCAACUUAUCGAGAUGAAGACUCGUCUGCACUACGGGCGGUUUUCCAAGCUUUGGACCAGGAUGGAGAUGGAUUUGUUCGUAUUGAGGAGUUUAUGGAGUUUGCCACUGCAUAUGGAGCAGAACAGGUGAAGGAUCUAACACGCUUCCUCGACCCCGGUGGAAUGGGUGUCAUCAGCUUUGAAGAUUUCCACAGAGGCAUCACAGCCAUCAGCAAUGGAGGUUCUGAUCCAGACCUCUACAAGUUGCAGCUUAAUUCAACAGAAGCCAGUGGAGCAGCUGAGGAAUAUGAUGAGCAGGCAGAGGUGUCAGACAGUGCAUACCUGGGUUCAGAAAGUGCCUACAGUGAGUGUGAGACAUUUACAGAUGAGGAUACAGGAGCAAUGGUACACCCGGAACUGCAUGAGGACGUCGAGACGGACAGCGGCAUUGAAAACACGCUUACGGAAAGCGAGGACCACAACAGGUUCUCUCUGGGCUCUGAUUUGCAUGGCCACGCCAUGGUGGCUGUGAUUGGUGGAGCAGAAGAGCACUAUGAAGACUUUGGGGAGAGCAACAACUCCUCUGAUCUACUACCGACCAGUCAGGAGGAGGGAAGGGUGGCACCUGAAGGAGAGGGAGACCCGGAGCCACACUUACAAGCUGGCAGCCCGUUGCAUCGGCCACCAGUGCUGCUGUCACCCAGCUCUGAUCCUUUUCCAUCCAGUUUCCAGACUUUCCUGCAGUCUGAAUCUCUGGAGUUCUUCUGCACUCACUGUCACAAACAGAUCAGCCGUCUCGAGGAUAUCUCCACACGUCUGCAUUUACUAGAAAUGAAUAGCUCCAGCAAAAGACUGUCCAGUAAGAAAGCAGCAAGGCACUUGCUACAGUCCAGUGGUCUGGAUGGCAUGAGCAACUUGAGCCGUGACAUCUUGGACCUCGCUGACAGUGACAUCACUGAUAAGGUGCUGAUGCUGGAGCGGCGUGUGUCUGAGCUGGAGAAAGACUCUGCAGAAAGUGAGGAGCAGCAUGCGCGCUUGCGACAGGAGAACCUGGCACUGGUGCACCGUGCCAAUGCGCUGGAGGAGCAGCUUAAGGAGCAGGAGCUCCACGCUGAUGAGGACCUCAACACACUCUCCCGAAAACAUAGAGACGCUCUAAACAAACUGCAGCGUGAGAGAGAGCUGGAGAUCGAAACCCUGCAGGCCAGGCUACAGCAGCUGGAUGAAGAGAACGGUGAACUACGAUCAUGCGUGCCUUGCCUGAGAGCCAACAUCGAACGACUUGAAGAGGAGAAGAGGAAGCUUCAGGACGAGAUGGAAGAUGUGACUGACAGGCUGAAUAAAGAGACUGACUCUCGCAGGAAAAUGGCCGACAAGCUGAGCCAUGAGCGCCACACCAGCCAAAAAGAGAAAGAGAGCACACAAGAGUUGAUAGAGGACCUAAGGAAGCAGUUGGAGCUGUUGCAGUUGUUCAAGUUGGAGAUGGAGGCUCGACAUGGACGCUCACCUGCCGCCGGCCUGCAGGAGUACAACACACACAUGAGAGAAAACGAGCUAGAGCAGGAAAUCCGCAGACUUAAACAGGAUAACCGCAGUUUAAAGGAGCAAAAUGAUGAGUUGAAUGGACAGAUCAUCAACCUCAGCAUUCAGGGGGCAAAAAGUCUCUUCACUGAGUCCCUGUCCGAGUCACUUGCUGCAGAGAUCAACAAUGUUUCCCGUACAGAGCUAAUGGAGGCCAUCCAGAAGCAAGAGGAGAUAAACUUUCGCCUCCAGGACUACAUCGAUCGCAUCAUUGUGGCCAUCAUGGAGUCCAAUCCUUCCAUACUUGAGGUCAAAUAAUUCUCCAGUCCUGAAGGUGGAGCUGCUCUAAAACAAAGUGACCUAAACAUGUUUUCAACAUUCAAAGGGAUAUAGAUUUCUGAUAGCUGCUCCUCCUCUGCUCCUGUUGACACUAUGUUAUUAGAUUUAUUCAGGCACCUUUCAGUAGAUGACAAAGCAUUGUACGUGCAUUGGUGUGUGUGUCCAUAUCCAAGAUUAAGCAUAUCUGUUUGUUCCUUUGACCUCCCUGUGUUGUGGGAUUGAGGGGCUCAAUACCCAGUUCCUGUGCACUUACCCAGACAUCAUUUCACACAAAUAAUAUAAACCCACCUGCACACACACAAGUACAUCAGCUAUUUAGUGUUAGGUUUGAUUUUUGUUUGAUUUGCAGUACAACUUAGUAUAUCUACCACAUUUUAACCCAUGUGAGGGACACCGUGUGGCCUGAGGGGAAGUGUGUGUGUGUGUUUACAUAAUGUUCAUGACAUAAGACACGUGUGAUAACUGCUGACAUAGUUUAUGACGUGUGUGUUUUGUUUCCUUUUAUGUGUUUAUUACAAUGAAGCAGAAGGCGAGGGGCUGAAAUGGACAAAUCUCCACAAGCUAAUUGGCUGCUGAUCAUUAUGAGAGAAGCUGGUGAGAUGGUGCAUUGUGGGAAUUGUAGUUCUAAGCCCGUGUGGCUUUUCUUGCUGAGUGAGGGUAUCUAACCGCAUCUGGCGGGAAGUUCUGUUUUUUUUUUACAAAAAAAAGUAUUGGCUGGAAAUCUUGUGACUGAAGAAAACGUUUGCACUUUGAAAAGAAUUUGAAGGCUACAAUAAAGAAAGCUUAGUUUCAUUUUAAUUAUUUUGCCAUGUAUUAUGAACUGAUGAUGAAACUGACGAAGAAGACUUGAGGAAGAAUCUGUUUCAUCUGCAUGCAGCCUCUCUGAACUCUAAACUACUGAGACAUGAGUAAAUGCACACAUUCCUCUCUAUUAAUGGAAAUAAUACUCUGAUUUUUUUCAUUCUCUUGCUUUCUCACUGCUUAUAGCUAUUUUUAUAGAAGGAAGCAAAGCUGAAUCUUGUCUUCCAUGCUUUCAUGCACACUUUUCAGAAUUGCAUGUCUGAGUGUGUAUGUGGACGUUUCUGCCAGGACAGACUUUUUGCCUUGUUGGUUUUGACUUCCAUGUCGAAGUAAAUUCAAAUCUGUAUCCUCCAGAUAAGCAGUGUUUUUUUUAGCUUUUAGAUGGUGCUGUAAAUUCCACAGCAAGCUUAUAUAUAUAUACGUAUAUAUAUAUAUAUAUAUAUAUAUAUAUAUAUAUAUACAUACAUACAAUGUGUCUACCUUAGCUCAAUAGUAAUAUGCUUAUUUAUUGAGGUUUUUAUGGUAGGGCUGCCAAUCCAGCAGUUAUGGUAAUUUACCCAUUUGUACGGGUUUCUGGACAGUCAGUCUAUACCUGCUGAAUACUUAAAUGCACCCAGUUCUCUGUGUAUAUAUUGAAUUCUGUAAAAGAAAAUCCAUUCCGCAAAAUUUGAAUGACUUUAAAUAAAUAUAAUCUGAAAGUCAGAUGUUUGAAUACGCUUGAAUGCGACAUGGUAUUCCUGACAUCUCAGUCAUUACUGCAACUGUGUGGGGGGUGUGCUCCCAGUUUCUGUUUUUAAUUCUGACUGGAAGAUUUGCCGGCUGCACUUUGGCAACUUUUGAUUUAUUUUGUUCUUAUGCUCACUACAAGCAGUCUUGCACACUUCUGAUGUACAGAUGUUUUCCUGCCUUUAAAGCAGCUGGAUGUCCUAACUAGUGUGUGUGUGACUUGUUCUUUCUUUUUAUCUGAUAUCAACACACUGCAGCAGUUGCAUCGAGCACCCAACAUGCACUGCUGUCAUUAAAUACUGACGUGUACAGACGUUUUUGUGAAUCUGCACUCAUGCACUCCGAACAUCCAAAGCAAGAGCAGGAGCUCCACUUUGUCACUUAAAACAUGAAUAUUAAAUUUAGCUGCAAGUAAACCCGACAGGUAUUUUGCUCUAAUGAAGGAUACAUUUGUAAAGAUUGAUAUUUAUUCUAAAUAAGAAAAAAAAACAUGUAUAAACUUUAGAUCAGUAUUGUCUUCUGCUGUAAGGAUUUUUGUUUGUUUUAAAGGCCCACAAGAUGUAUCUCUUGUUAUCUGGGCGUGCUGUAGAUUUUUAAGUAAUUGUAUAAAGAUAAGAUAAAUAAAUUGAGAGUAAAUCUACAACUGAAUAAAUAAAAUGAACAUAUCUCUUA